GGAGGUCAGAAGGUCUGGUUCCCUACACGACCCAGAUCAUAUCCAGGAGCAGAGAACCGGACUCAAGGACCUUCACUCAGGAUGGAGUCUGCCUCACCGAGUCUGGUCUGACACACCUGCAGGCUCUGGUGGAGCCGCUGACGUCACCACGCAGGUACCGCAGGUGUAAACCCAAACUGAAGCUGAGGAUCAUCAACCAGAACAGUGUGUCUGUCCUGCAGACUACACCGGACACAGAGACCCCCACUGAGCCAGACCAGAACCGAGGUGACGUGGACUGUGAUAUGAAAUCUGACUCCAGCCCAGAGAGAGACUCCACCCACCUUGAUGACCUCACUAAAGACCCUGAGACUACUGACAACAGCAAGAAGAAGAAGAGGAAACCCUAUAGACCAGGUAUCGGGGGCUUCAUGGUUCGGCAGCGAGGAGGUAAAGCCGGUCUGAGCAGGAAASACUCCACAGAGCUUCUACAGAGUCGAGAUCCAGGUGCGCUGGACGCUGAUGUUGCCAUUGAGACCCUGUCUGCUGCAGACCAGGUGAUGGAGAAGGUUAAGAAGAGGUACAGGAAGAAGAAGACGAAACUGGAGGAGGCAUUCCCAUCAUACCUCCAGGAGGCCUUCUUUGGUCGCGAUCUCCUGGACCGGAGUCGUCACGUGGAUGGAAAGGUGGGGCCAGAGACGCCAGGCUUCAACCAGUCAGCAUCAGGUGACAUGAAAGGUCCCGCCCACAGACUACAUGGCCCCUCCCCCUCUGAGCAGGCUGUGGGCACCAUGGCAACCAACAGGAAGCAGGGAGCGCUGCCCAUGUGUGAGGAGACUCUGAUGGACCUGUCUGAUGUUCUCAACACGGAUCCUCACAUUCUGGCCACUGGACACUCAGGUGAGUUCCAGGUGGAGCGCUCGCCCUCUCCCUUUGCUGGACUGGACAUCAGCUCUCUGUCCUCAGAGCCAGCUGAAGGUUGUGGGCGUGGCCAGAGGACGGCGCAGGAGGAGCCUCUGGACGCCAUCCUGAGUCCUGAGCUGGAUAAGAUGGUUACAGACGGAGCCAUCCUCAGCAGACUCUACAAGAUCCCAGAGCUGGAGGGCAAGGAUGUGGAGGAGGUCUUCACUGCUGUGCUGAGUCCCAGCAGCAGCAGCCAGCAGGUUCCAGGCAAGAGACCCAGCUCAGCUGCAGCCUUCCCUCGCCUGUCUCUGAUGAACGGCCUGAUGCCUGCUGCUCCUCACCUCUCCAACACUGAGCCCAGCACCACCCCGGGUCCAGCCAGGUUCAGGGUACUUCCCCCGCAGGGCCCCGCCCCCUGCUUAGCCUCCACCAAUCAGACGUCAGCAGCUCCAGAGGGCGAGCAGGACGCCCUGUCAUCGGCUCAGAAGAGCAUGUUGAAGUGGGAGAAGGAGGAGAGUCUGGGAGAGCUGGCCACUGUCGCCCCGGUUCUUUACUGCAACACAAACUUCCCCCAGCUGAGGCAGCAGUACCCCGACUGGCCCACUCGGGUGAAGCAGAUCACUAAACUGUGGAGGAAGGCCAGCUCCCAGGACAGAGCUCCCUACGUGCAAAAAGCCAGAGACAACCGAGCGGCUCAACGCAUCAACAAGGUUCAGCUGUCCAACGACCCGCUGAAGUGCCUGCAGCCCGUGCAGCAGCAGGUGCAGGUGCCACCGCCCCCGCCGCCACCGCCACAGCAGCUGGGACCCUACGACCACAUGUCCAUGGAGGCGGAUAUGUCCCUGAAGGACCCACUGAGGCCCARAGAGUCAGAACAGGAGCAGGAGUGGAAGCUUAGACAGCAAAUGCGUCAGAAGAGCAAGCAGCUGGCCAAGAUGGAGGCCACGCAGAAACUGGAGCAGGUGAAGAACGAGCAGCGCCAGCAGCAGCUCCGCCUCACAGGACACCUGUCCCCAGAGGCCGCCGCCCAUCAGCCUGCUGCAGGGGACAGCACCUCCCCCCAACACCAGCCGUCCAGCAGGCAGCACCUCCUCCAGCAGGGGAGCUCGGGGUCGGCCGGUGAAGUGUUCCUCCGACCACAAGCCCCUCCCCUCUCUGGCUUCUCCUCACUGCCCUCCUCUCCCCUGCACCAGCCCCCGUCCUCCCCCCAGGUCUUUUCACCUCCCUCCUCCCGCCCGUCCUCUCCAUGGGACCCCUACAGUAAAGGUGCAGGAACUCCUCGGCCCUCCUCAUCCCAGUCAGGAGGUGCUCCGGCUCCUCAGCAGCAGCGCCUCGUCUCCCUAGGCGCCUCCCCGGCUCACGACACAAUUAACUCCCCCGCCCCAUCUCCAGACUCCAAAACCUGCGAGACCUCACAGUCCGGCUCCCAGCAGGGCAGGAUGGGGAUGAUGAGCCCGUCCUCAGGCUCCGCCCCCGACCUGUCAGUAAGACAGGUGGGUGUUCGAGCAGGUGAAGUCCAGCAGAGGAUGAACCAACAGGUGGUGGUCCCCGGGUCUCCUGGUCGGGGGAGCGAGUUUCUUCAGGGUGGGGUGUUUAAAGCCCCCAUGCCCCCCCAGCAGGAGGUGGGAGGAGCACGCAGAGAGCUGUCCAGACCCACGGACCUGGGUUUCUCUUUUCCCCAAGUCCUGGAACCGUCCUUUCCUUCUAGUCCUCUGUCCAGCCUGGGCUCCCCCCACUGCAGCCCCUAUGCUCAGACCCCCGGCACCCCCCGCCCAGACUACAGCCAGCAGACCGGGGACCUGCUCCCCCAGCAGUCCCCUCUGAGCUCCCGGCCCUCCCCCGACCCCUACAGCAACCCUCAGACUCCUGGUACGCCCCGCCCCCACUCUGACUCCGCCUACCUCACAGCCCCCCCAGCACUGAGACCGGACCAGUUUCCCCAGCCGCCCGCUGGUCCUCGCCUGUCCCCAUCCCACCCCCCAUCAGACCCUUACGCCUCCAACCCAGGGACGCCCCGCCCAUCAGAGCGCUUCCCACGCUCCCCGGGGGGUCCGCGGUGCCCUGACCUGUAUGCUCCGCCUGCAGGGACCCCCAGACCUUCACCAGACCCUUAUCUGCAACAGCCCAACACCCCCUGGACCCAGACCCAGCCUGCAGCAUCCGGGUUGUCCCCCCUGACCUCAGGACCAUCAGCUGAGCGGUCUCCAGGACGUCCACAACAAGACUCGUUCCCCAGGACCAGCAGCAGCCAGACCCCAAAGGCCCCGGGUGGACCUGAGGAGACCAGCUUCUCCCUGCACAGUGGGCUUCAGGAUCCGGGUCAGGAUGUGGGUCACAGGACACCAGGUCUGUCCCAGACUGAGCAGACCACAGCCAGUGGCCUGUCAGCAGUGGGCGUGGCCUCUCUGGAUGGACCAAUCAGUGCGCUGCCUCAGCUCGGAGACUCAGAGGAGAAACUGCGGCAGCGGCAGUGGCUGCGGCAGCGCCUCCUCCGGCAGCAGCAGCAGAAGAGCACAUUGAGACAGGAGAAGGGCCUGCAGGACCUGGGUUCAGGACCUGCUCACAGCUGGCUCCCUGAGGACCCCCUCACCUCCUCCACCGCUCCAGCGGACCCGUUUGGACGUCCCCCGCCCCCGUAUCCUGGUACAGUAAGACCUCCUGGUCCCAGGUUUCCUGGAGGCUUCCCAGGGGAGCAGAGGGGUUUCACCCCCAGACAGAACCUCCCYCAAAACCUGGGUCUGAGAGGACCGGCUGUCAGGUUUGGUGGUCCGGAUGGAGCUCCAGCAGGUUUCCAGGACUCCUUCCUUCGUCCUCCGCUGGGACCGGUCCCUGCUCCUGCUCUGAGUUCUGGGGAGGGGAACCCGGUCCAGAUGAGGAGACCCAUGUCCUCAGAGUUCACCAGGAUCCGGUCUGUGGUGCCCCCUAACCCCAAYGCUCACAUGAUGCCAGGUGUCCCCCAGCCCGGCCCUCCCCGGGCCCUCCUGGUCCAGCAGCACAUGCCUUUCAUCGAGCUGCGGCACCGGGCUCCAGAGAACCGCCUGAGGCUGCCCUUCCCACUGCCCACCUGUCCAGAUCCUCAGGUCCCGCUCCUGCGCCUCAGAGACCCUGCUCAAUCUGCUGCCGUCCCUCCAGGUCCAGCCAGGYCGGGUGAGUCCAUGCUGGCCCAGCAGCACCUGGGUCACUCAGCAGGGCUGCACCCGGGACACGAUGGCAUGGAGGAGCACCUGGAGGGGGAGGAGUCAGCUGUGAAGGACCUGGAGGACGUGGAGGUGAAGGAUCUGGUGGACCUGAACCUGAACCUGGACCCAGAGGACGGUAAAGAAGACCUGGACCUGGGUCCUAAUGACCUGCACCUGGAUGACUUCCUGCUGUCGGGGAAGUUUGACCUCAUCGCCUACGCUGACCCAGAACUCAACCUGGAGGACAAGAAGGACAUGUUCAACGAGGACUUGGACCUGGGAGAGCCGGCUGAGGACAAGGACGGCUCCUGUCUGAAGACAGAAGGCCACGCCCCCCAGGUGAAGCAGGAAGUGAAGGAGGCUGUGAAAGGAGAAGCACCUCCUCCUGUGGUCCUGAGCAGACCACCAGGAGCUCCAGGUCCCUCUGUUCUGGUCUUAAAGGACAAGCUGGAGGACUCUGGUUCUGUUUCAGGUGCUGGUCCAGUCAGACAAGUCCAGGAUCAGGCUCCAUCCAUGGUCCAGCCCUCCAUGUCUGCAGGGCAACAGGUCCUCUUCCAGCAGAGACCUCCUGGACCGGGUCCCAGCCCCCACCCUCAGGGACCCCCUGCCUUACCUCUCACAGUGUCACUGCAACCUCCUCCACCUCGCCUCCUCGUCAACCCCCAGAACCAGAACCAGAACCAGAACAAGUACCGGCCUCUGCUCCUCAUGGAGCAGCCGCUCCUCAUCCAGGACCUGCUGGACAAGGAGCGCCAGGAGCAGCAGCAGCAGAAACACAUGCAGGCCAUGAUCAGACAGACCUCUGGACCUGAGUCCUGCUUUCCCAACACGGACUUUGACUCCAUUUCAGACCCCAUCAUGAAGGCCAAGAUGGUGGCUCUGAAGGGGAUCAACAAGGUGAUGAGUCAGGGUAACCUGGGCCUGAGUCCCGCGGUCAUCAACAGGUUCCAGCAGGAUCCAGGGGUCCCAGGUCCUGAGGGGCCUCCUCAGCCUGCUCAGCCUCCUCACCUGGUUGGACAGGASGGGAAGAUAAAUCCUCAGCUGGUCAGACGGAACCCCCCCAGCUUCGGUUCAGGCUUUGUCAAUGAGUCUCAGCGGCGUCAGUAUGAGGAGUGGCUCGGAGAGACGCAGCAGCUCCUGCAGAUGCAGCAGCGCCUCCUGGAGGAACAAAUCACCGCCCACAGGAAGGCUAAGAAAGCUCUGUCGGCCAAGCAGAGAACGGCCAAGAGGGCGGGUCGAGCAUUCGCCGAGGAAGAUGCUGCCCAGCUUCGUUAUAUUGGCGAGCAGCAGGGGGCGGUGCAGAAGCAGCUGGAGCAGAUCCGGAAACAGCAGAAGGACCACACUGAGCUGAUUGAAGACUACAAGAACAAAAACCAGCAGAGGCUGCUUCAGAUGUCCUCUCAGAACCCCCUCAGCCAGCCCACGUUGCCCCUGCAGGYCCAACAGAACGGACCCACACCAGUCCGAGCCCCAAACGCCCCAGUUGGCUGGGCCUUGGGCUCCUGUGCUCCUGGACCUGUGGGGCAGAGGCUACCAUCACACCUGCCUCCUAAGAUCCCCACCACCCUGCCCAACAACUCCCAGGGUCUCACCAAGAACCCUCCGUCCAUGGUUCCAGGCUUCACUGCAGGUCCUCGGGGCCCUUCAGGGGGCCCCAAUGGAACGACGGGGGACGGAGCCACACUAACACCUCAGGUGAAGUUUGACGACAACAACCCGUUCAGUGAGGGCUUCCAGGAGCGGGAGAGAAGAGAGCGUCUGAGAGAGCAGCAGGAGCGUCAGAGAGUCCAGCUCAUGCAGGAGGUGGAACGUCACCGAGCCCUGCAGCAGAGACUAGAACUGAAGCAGCAGGACCUCAUGGGGACAUCAGUCGGCCCUGGUGCUGGAGCUGGUGCUUUGUCUGGGUCCCGGGUCACACAAACACCAGGUCCAGGGGGACCAGGUUCUGUAGAGCUGGGCAGAGCAAGUCACAGAGCAGACAGCCGGACUCGGAUGCCCUUCUUUAGUUCUGACUCUGGGGUGGACUUCCAACAAUCUUCCACAGCCUCCAGACCUUCACCCCAGGUCCAGGCCCCAGCCCCUGCAGGGGCACCAUUCCCCUUACACACAGGUCUCCAUCAGGGCUUCACAGAAGGAGCCCUGUACUCAGCACCAGGACUGUUUCCAGGGGAUGGUUCUGGGUCCCCCCUCCASACCAGACUGAGGCUCCCGGCUCAGCUGCAUCCAUCUGCAGCAGGGAUGACCCCCUCUCAUCCUGGAGGCCAGGGUCCUCAGUUUGGAAACAACUCCAACUCUUCCCCACCCUCCACCGCUCUGCCUACUUCCUUCCCCUGCUCAUCCUCUGGAGGCUCCGCCUCCACCGUCCACCCUCAUGCUGACAUAGAUGCUGAGGACAAACCAAAGAAGAAAAAGAGCAGAAGAGGAGAUGGAACCGAUGCAGGAGGAGAGGGGACACAAAUGUCCUUAUCACCACACUCUGACAUCACAGCCCCGCCCACUCCAGCUGUCUCUGAUACUUCCUGCUCCACACCCACCCACCAAUCAGACAGCUCUUUCUAUGGUCUGGCUUCUUCAACUGAACUGGAGAGGCAGCUGUCAGCACGAAGCUCCAUCCCGGUCUCUGAGGGCCAGAGAGUUCCUCUGUCUGCAGUUCAGAUGGAAGUCAAGGAGGAGCGUUUGGAGGCGGGGCCUUGUGGAGGAGUUGUGAUGAAGAUGGACGAGUUCUCCUCCCCCUCCUCACCUCUUCAGGGAGGUGAUGGGAGUAAGGAGCUGCUCAGACACCUGCUGAAGGACAAGACGUCCCAUGCCAACAUGUUGUCCCCCAGCAGACAGGCCUCACUGACUCCUCAUCGCCAGCUGUCUGUUGACAGCGUGCGGUCUGAGGAAGAGGAGGGAACUGGUUGUCAUGGCAACAUGGUGAUGAUGAGGGACAGUCCUGGUCUGGACCGGAAGAAGACUCAGCGCUGCAAGAAACCGUACCGGGCCGACAAGGACAAAGCUCCACCCAAGACCAAGAAGAAGAAGAGGGAGGAGGAGGAGGAAGAAGAGGAGAAGAGCCUCCACUCCUCCUCUGACCCUCUGAUAACUCACCUGAGACAGCUCUCAGUCCUGCCUCUCAUGGAACCAGUCCUGGGGGUGGACCUGAGUCUGUUCCCCCCAUAUGGCAGCUCCUCUCUGGGCAAAGACUCCCGACUGAGUGGCUCCUUCGGUAACGCCUCCCUGGACAGGGUCUCCGACUACUACUCCCAGCUAAUAUACAAGCAGAAUAACCUCAGUAACCCGCCCACUCCACCUGCCUCCCUGCCCCCCACACCUCCACCUGUGGUGAGGCAGAAGCUGCUGAAUGGUUUUGCCAGCACUGAGGAGCUGAGCAGGAAGGAGAUCAGGGAGCAGGAAGAUGUGUCUGCGCUGAAGCAAAAGGAGGACGAGCUUCUCAAUCUAAACCACGCCCCCAAGACUGUCCAUGUCCCCGCCUCCCUGCCGACUCCGCCUCAUAACAAUCAAGAAGAGUUGAGAGUGCAGAACUCACUGGACCGGGACAGUCCGGACAGCUACGUGCCGUCCUCGUCUCCAGAGAGCGUGUCAGACAUGGAGGUCAGCAGGUACCCGGACCUGUCCUUCAUCAAGCUGGAGCGGCCCUCUCCCUGCCCCUCGCCUACAUUUCCCAUCAUCCCCUGCGCCUGGGGCAAAGGCUCUGCGGUGAAACAGGAAGUGAAGGCGGAGCCUCACCUGCAGGGACGCCCCUCCUGCUCUAACAGAGACCUGGUUACCAUAACCAUAACUCUGAACCCGGUCACAGCUCAGAACGUUCCAGGUGUGAUGGCAGCGAUGGCAGGACUGCUGCGGAUCCCUGGACCCGUCAGCUACCAGAUGAGCCGAGCGCCGGGCCCCGAGCAGAACUCUCUGGCUCUGCUAGCUGGGGUCCGUGUUCCAGUCAUGCAGGGUCCAGAACCCAGCAGGCCACAGAGGGCACCUGCCUCUGCAGGAAACCAGCUGCGCUGCUGCAGCCACUGCAAGAGGCUGCUGGGACAUGGAGUCCACUUCAAACAGGAACAAGAGUCCAGAACAGGAUCCAGUCUUGUGUUCUGCAGUCCCACCUGUUCCAGCCUGUACCUGUCCAAGCUGCAGAACUGUUCUGCAGGAAGCAAGCCUUCAGUCCAGAGUCUGUCGACUGGACCAGAACAGGCUCCUCCCAUCAGAAGCCAGCACCUGUACACCAACAACAUGUCCUCUAUAGCUGUCCACUCCCUCCCUCACACUCCUCCCUCCUCCUCCUCCUCCUCCUCCUCACCACCGCUCACCUUCCCUCCCGCCUCCGCCAUCACCAUGGAAACCAGGCCCCGCAUGGACAGCCUCAAGGUGAAGGUGAAGUUAAAGCCCCGCCCCCGGGCUGUGCCAGGUGGGGAUGAAUCCCCGUCGUCUCAGCAUGGGAAGAGGAUGAAGAGUUCCUGCUGGAAACGGUGGAGCGUCAGCAUCACCCUCAACAGGUGUGUUCCUAACGAGGCAGUUGCCAUGCCGACAGAGGAGGAAAUGGACGAGUUGUUGAUGAAGUUGGGGGCGUGUCUUCGACCUGACCCGUUACCUAAAGACCAGCGCAGGUGCUGCUUCUGUCACCAGCAGGGAGACGGACUGACGGACGGACCCGCCCGGCUCCUGAACCUGGACCUGGACCUGUGGGUGCACCUGAACUGUGCGCUGUGGUCCAGCGAGGUGUACGAGACCCAGGCAGGUGCCCUGAUCAACGUGGAGCUGGCUCUGAGGCGGAGCUUAACGCUGCGCUGCGUCCACUGUCAGCAGACCGGCGCCACCACGGGCUGCAACCGCCUGCGCUGCACCAACACCUACCACUUUACCUGUGCUCUGCAGGCCCACUGUACCUUCUUCAAGGAUAAGACCAUGCUGUGUCACCUGCACAAGCCCAGGACUCUGGUCCUCAGCGGGGACAGGUCGUCCAGCUGCUCGCCCUCCUCCACACCUGACCUGACCUCGGACCCGGCGCCGUUCAGCGACCCGUACGACUCGGAGCUGCGCUGCUUYGCCGUGUUCCGGCGAGUCUUCGUGCAGCGGGACGAGGCGCGUCAGAUCGCCGCCCUGGUGCAGCGCGGCGAGCGGCAGCACACCUUCCGGGUGGGCAGCCUGCUGUUCCGCGCCGUCGGCAGGCUCCUCCCACAUCAGAUGGGCUCCUUUCACAACCACAGCGCCAUCUUCCCUGUUGGGUACCACGCCAACCGCUACUACUGGAGCAUGCGCCACAGCAACAGGCGCUGUAAGUACAUGUGCUACAUCGAGGAGGAGGAGUCUCAGCCCCUGUUUAAAGUCAAGGUGGUGGAGAAAGGACACGAGGACCUGGUCCUGACAGGAAACACACCUAAAGCUGUGUGGGACCAGGUUCUGGAUCCUGUGGCCCAGUUGAGGAACUCCAGUGGAACUCUGAAGCUGUUUCCAGUUUACCUGAAAGGAGAAGACCUGUUCGGUUUGACCACAUCUGCGGUGACUCGCAUCAUCGAGUCUCUGCCAGGUGUGGAGGUCUGUGAGCGCUACACCUUCCGUUACGGCAGGAACCCACUCAUGGAGUGGCCCCUGGCCUUCAACCCGUCCGGCUCGGCUCGCUCUGAACCCAAAGCUUGCCAGGCCAAGAGGCCCUACCUGCUGACCAGCACUGCCCCCAGAUGUCAGGGUUCUGUGGGCUCCAUCGUGGGUCUUGUCCCCGGCGUCCUGUCUCUGUCUCCUGGAGAAACCGUGGCCGGCGCCCAUCAGGGACGCCACUCCAAGUCGGCCCAGUACCGYCGCAUGAAGGCAGAGUGGAAGAGCAACGUGUACCUGGCUCGCUCCCGCAUCCAGGGUCUGGGUCUGUACGCUGCCAGGGACAUUGAGAAGUGCACCAUGGUCAUCGAGUACAUCGGCGCCAUCAUCAGGAGUGAAGUGGCCAACCGCAAGGAGAGGCUCUAUGAGUCGCAGAACCGAGGCGUGUACAUGUUCCGGAUCGAUAACGAGUUCGUGAUAGACGCCACCAUCACCGGAGGACCUGCCAGGUACAUCAACCACUCGUGUGCUCCAAACUGCAUCACUGAGGUGGUGACUGUGGAGAAGGAGAACAAGAUCAUCAUCAGCUCCUGCAGACGCAUCCAGAGAGGAGAAGAGCUCUGCUACGACUACAAGUUUGACCUGGAGGACGAUCAGCACAAGAUCCCGUGUCACUGUGGAGCCGUGAACUGCCGCAAGUGGAUGAACUGAUCCCACGUGCACUCUCACGUGCACUCUCACGUGCACUCUCACGUGCAUGGAUCUCUCUCUCUGUUCUGUUUCUCCUCUGUGGGCGGAGCUAAUAUUACCUUAUGAUGACAAAAACAAAACUGUUGCCUUUUAUCAGAGUUUAAAGUUAUGACAAAGAAGGGGGCGGGGUUUUAAAGACCAUACAUAUGAUUGACAGAUUGUAGGCGGAGCUAAAUACUAUGACGGGUUUGUGGGUGGGACUACAGCAUCUGCUCUGAUGGACAGGUUGUGGGCGGGGCUAAAGAUAAUGCUAUGUCAAUGGGUGGGUCUAGAGAACCUGGUCUGACAGGUUGUGGGCGGGGCUAAAGACGAGGCUGGUCCCGUGUGUAAAUUGCGUGUAAAAAGGAGCACAGAUGUAAAUGUGAGUACAAUAAUGGAAUGUUUUGUUCUUUAACUUGCACUAAAACACAAAACUAUAAAAACCACAAACAUACUUGAUUCCA